AUGACAUCUCCAAACGACACAUCAUCCCCCGCAGCCGAAAUCCCUCAGGUUGAACAGGAAGUGUAUGAGGAGAAACAUGUCCAUGAAGUUUACCAGCAAAUUGCGGAUCACUUUUCUUCCACUCGAUUCAAGCCAUGGCCCAUUGUCAAACAAUUUCUCACCGAUUUGGAUCCCGGUGCUAUUGGUCUAGAUGUGGGCUGUGGGAAUGGCAAGUAUUUGCCUGUAAAUAGAAACGUCUUUAUAAUUGCCUCGGAUAGAUCUGAAAAUCUGGCACGUAUUGCUGUAAAACACCAGCCGCAUUCCACCAUUGUGGCAGAUAUCCUUAAUCUUCCUCAUCCGGACUCUUUCUUUGACUUUGCAAUUUCAAUUGCCGUGAUCCACCACCUGUCCACACCUGAUCGCAGGGUCCAGGCGAUUGGCGAAAUCUUGCGCACUCUGAAGCCUGGCGUAAAAGGUCGCCCGGGAGGCAAAGCCUUGAUCUACGUUUGGGCUCUCGAACAGAAGAGCAGUCGCAGAGGUUGGGACAAAGGUGAUCAACAAGACAUCAUGGUCCCUUGGGUAAUGAAGAAUAGAGUCACAGAAAAUGGUUCAAACGACCAGCAAAAAACAUUUCAUCGCUAUUAUCAUCUCUAUGAAGAAACGGAGCUGGAGCGAGACAUAAGCAGGGCCGGGGGACAUGUUCUGAAAUCAGGGUAUGAAAAAGACAAUUGGUGGGCAAUUGCGACACGAAUAGAUGAAUGA